AACAACGUUACUAACACUAACACAUAACAUCUGAAGGGGUGGUACGGUGGUUGGUUGGGUUUGGUUUGGUUAGAGUUGGAACUUGGAAGCUCCGUCUCCUUUCGAUGAAUUCGAGGAAAACCCUUUCUACUUAACACUGAACAACUAACACAUUUCUUCAUUUUGUUUAUCAUCAAUCCAAUCCAGACCCAUUUUCAUUCUUUCAUUCAUUCAGCCAUGGCUCACCUUCUCCACACUUCCUUCGUCCCCUCCUCCUCCUCACUUCGCCGCCCUGCCGUUACUCACCGCAAAACGACGUCUCCCCUAGUCGUUCGGGCCAAGAUCCGGGAGAUUUUCAUGCCGGCACUCAGCUCGACUAUGACGGAGGGUAAAAUCGUCUCCUGGACCAAAUCCGAGGGCGACAAGCUCUCCAAGGGCGACAGCGUCGUUGUCGUUGAGUCUGACAAGGCCGAUAUGGACGUCGAGACCUUCUACGACGGAUACCUCGCCGCCAUCGUAGUCGAGGAAGGUGGCGUCGCUGCCGUCGGAUCCCCCAUCGCAUUCCUUGCUGAAACCGAGGACGAGAUUCCUCAAGCCAAGUCCAAAGCAUCCUCUUCCUCUUCCGCGCCCGCACCUGCAUCUGCACCUGCACCUUCACCGCCAGUGGAGUCUCAACCGGAGAAGGUUGCGGCGCCCGUCGCAGCUGCGGUUCCGGCUCCGGUCGUAGUGUCCAGUCAUCCUGCUUCGGAGGGAGGGAAGCGAAUUGUUGCGUCACCUUAUGCGAAGAAGCUCGCCAAGGAUUUGAAGGUGGAGUUGGGGAGGAUAGUGGGAACUGGACCGAUGGGGAGGAUUGUUGCUAAAGAUGUUGAGGCAUUUGCAGCUUCUGGGAAUGUCGCAGCCGUAGAAUCACCAGCACCAGGGAAGAGUGCAACACCUGCCGGGGUGCAGUUGGGGUCCGUGGUGCCUUUCACUACAAUGCAGAGUGCUGUGAGUAGAAACAUGGUGGAGAGUUUGGCAGUUCCCACUUUCAGGGUUGGUUACACUAUCACCACGGAUGCACUUGAUGCCUUGUACAAGAAGAUCAAGUCAAAGGGAGUUACUAUGACAGCAUUGCUUGCCAAGGCUACUGCGCUUGCACUGGUCAAACACCCUGUUAUCAACUCUAGUUGUAGAGAUGGUAAUAGCUUUACAUAUAAUAGCAGCAUCAAUGUUGCAGUCGCUGUGGCUACAGAUGGUGGAUUGAUUACACCAGUGCUUCAGAAUGCUGAUAAGGUUGAUGUCUAUUCAUUGUCAAGAAAGUGGAAGGAGUUGGUUGAUAAGGCCAGGUCCAAGCAGCUGCAACCUCAUGAGUACAACACUGGUACUUUCACUCUUUCCAAUCUGGGAAUGUUUGGUGUUGAUCGAUUUGAUGCUAUUCUGCCACCUGGAACUGGAGCAAUAAUGGCAGUUGGAGCAUCACAGCCAACUGUUGUGGCUACCAAGGAUGGUCGCAUUGGCAUGAAGAACCAAAUGCAGGUCAAUGUCACAGCUGAUCACCGAGUCAUCUAUGGCGCUGAUUUGGCUUCGUUCUUGCAAACACUCUCAUUGAUUAUUGAGGACCCCAAAGAUCUUACUUUUUAGUCUCAUUUUCCUAACAAAGUGAAAGAUCAUUCCUUUUCUGGGUGUGAUUCCUCUCAUCAGGUUUGUGGGGGUUAUUCUUUGUUGACAAGCAGAAAUUGAGGAGUCAAUUACUAUUCACUCGGGAUUUUGCCAAGAGUUUUGAAUAGAAAAGUUGAGCUGUGGUUUCUUACAACAUAUUUUUAGUCGAAAAUCUCAUUUACAAUUUUUCUUUA